GCGCCCGCCCUGGGGGUCGGCUGCAGCCGGGCCGCGCGGAGCUGAGCGCGGGCGGGAUGCGGCCGCCGCCUGGGCCGUGGUGGCUGCUGCUCUGGCUGCCGCCCUGGGCCGCACGGCCCGCGGGCGCGGGGCGCGGGGAGGAGGCGGCGGCGGCGCUGUCAGCUCCAAGGUGUAAAACUCUGAAAGAAAUGGAUUUAAUUAAAACUUCUGAACCAGACUGUUACUGCUACAAUCAAAAUUCCCAAAUGGAAUGGAAAUACAUAUGGUCAACCGUGCAGAUGAAAAUUACCAGUUCAGGCCUGCUCAGUAUUGUAUAUAUCACAGAAAGACAUAGUUGCCAGUAUCCAGAAACCAUUCUAGCUUUUAUCAAAUGUGUGAUUCAUAACUUUUGGACACCAACGGAGACUAACGAAAUAACCCUCAUCAUCAAUCCAUAUGGGAAGACCGUGUGCUUCUCUGUGAAGCCUGCCAGGAAGACAUUUGUCUAUACAAUAAGUGUGACUCGAAACACUGUGGAUUUCAAACUCUUCCUUGUGUUCUUGGCAGGCGUUUUCCUCUUCUUUUAUGCAAAGACCUUGAGUAGAAGCCCUAUUUUCUAUUACUCUUCUGGGACCGUGCUAGGAGUUCUAAUGACAUUAGUCUUUGUCCUCCUGCUGGUGAAAAGGUUCAUUCCUAAGUAUAGCACGUUUUGGGCUCUAAUGGUUGGUUGUUGGUUUGCUUCAGUUUAUGUUGUGUGCCAACUGAUGGAAGAUCUGAAGUGGCUGUGGUAUGAAAACAGAAUAUAUAUAUUAGGCUAUGUCUUGAUGGUUGGAUUUCUCAGUUUUGCUGUUUGUUACAAACGUGGGCCCCUUGCUGACGAGAGGAGCAUAAAUCUUCUGACGUGGACUCUGCAGCUCCUUUCCCUGCUUCUCAUCUAUUGUGGGGUCACCGUGCCUCAGUUCUCCUACGUGGUCAUCAUCCUCCUCCUGUGCUCCUGGGGUCUGCACUACCCACUGAAAGCUUUCUGUUAUAUGAGGCGGAAAAUGAAGAACUGGUUCACAUCAGAAAAGCUGGUGGUUAAGCGUCUUACUGAAGACGAGUACAGGGAACAAGCCGAAGCUGAAACAACCACUGCUCUGGAGGGGCUGCGCCAAGCCUGCCGCAGGCCUGACUUCCCAUCGUGGCUGGCCGUCUCCAGACUCCAGGCUCCUAAAAAGUUUGCAGACUUUGUUCUUGGAGGAAGCCACUUGUCGCCUGAAGAGAUCAGUCUUCAUGAAGAACAGUACGGCCUUGGGGGUGCCUUCUUGGAAGAGCAGCUCUUUAACUUGAGGACUGACAGUCUACCUGCGCACUGACUUCAUUCCGGACAAGGAAGUGGGUAAAGGGCAGGGAUCCUGUUAGUGGGCAGAACCGUUCUAGGGGACAGUGGCAAAAGCGUUUGCUAGGGAGAAAAAUCAUGUCAUUCUGGAAAAGAAAACUGAAACUAUACAAUACUGAAGAUAACUUAUCAUUCUUGGCCAGUUCUGCUACUUACUGUACCACGGGUGGCUGCCAAGAUUUGUGAGAGUCAUCACCACUUUCCUUGAAUGCAGACUAUCAUUAGGAAAAAGGGAAUCAUGUUGUUCUUCAGGGGGCCAGUUAGCAUGAAUAGGUGCCUUGGCAACACCAGGGCAUUAAAUAUUCUCUUAAUCCCUAGAACCUAUGUCAAAAGAUUGCAUUGCUCUUCCUACGUGUUAUCAGUAUAAGUGCUGGAAGAGACCUGAGCUAUGCUGGACCAGUGUUUUCCAAAGUAUAGUCCACAGGAUGCUAUUAAGUGUUACUCAGUAAAGGGAUUCUGAGGUCAACUAAGAUUGAUACAAAGUUAAACAAAUGUACUGCAGGACUUCUCAGAGCCUUUAAUAAUGCCAGUGUGCAUUGUGAAUCUACUAAAGAGAAAUUGUGUGCAGCAGUUUCCAACUUAAUUCGACCACAGAACCCUUUUUCAUGACAUUAAUAUUCCUUGGAACAUGUUUGGAAAAUGCUAAUGAUGGAGGAAUUGAGGUUUGGGGCGGUUACAUAACUUGUCCAUGACCACAAAGCUAUUGAGAGGCAGCACUGCGACCAGAAUUCCAGUCCCAUUGUUUCCUAUGACUCAGGUAGAAGAAGAGACCUUUUGAGGUGACCCGAGGGGCCAUCUCCCUACAGCCUUGCGUCUCACAGUAUUGGUGACUUUAUUUUUUUUACUAAUGGCCAACUAGCUAUUUGAUAACUGUGAUAAAGAGGAACAUUUCCUGUAUUGUAUUUUAAAGUUUUGAUAAGACUUUUAUAGACAAAUAUAAGGAUUAGAAAUUAGAAUUACUUUCUAUAUAUUUUUGUACAUUUAAAUUAAAGGCACUCUUGGGACCUUUUGAGUUGACUGGUCCAUUUAAAAAAAUCAUCUAGGGGGCCGGCUUCAUGGCUAAGUGGUUAAGCUUGCGUGCUCCGCUUCAGCAGCCCAGGGUUUCUCCAGUUCGAAUCCUAGGUGCAGACCUAGUACCACUCAUGAAGCCGUGCUGAGGGGGCGCCCCACAUAGCAGAGCCAGAAGGACCUAUAACUAGAAUAUACAACUAUGUACUGGGGGGGUUGGGGAGAAGAAGAUAAAAAAAAAAAAGAUUGGCAAUAGAUGCUAGCUCAGGGCCAAUCUUAAAAAAAAUUGUCUAGUUAUAUGUUUCUAACAAUUUCCUACAAAACAGAUUUGUGAUCUUUCUUACAGAGAACACUCCAGUGAAGUGAGGGACUAACCUGAGGAAAGGAGGCCAAAACAUAUGUCUGAGACAAGAUCUGACAUGGCAAAGCUCCCUCAGGGCUAAGAUGUUGCUAAGUUGAUUAUCUUUAAGAAUCUAACUCAGGCCUUAUUGGUGGGAUCCUAAAGAAUAGAGGCAUAAAGAAUGAGGAAUCUCCUUUUACUAGAAGAAGGGCUGUGGAGCAGGGACAUAUAGAUAAUGUGGGCACUGCUUUCCUGAGCCAAAUUUGGUAGAGUUUUUCUAAAUUGUUGAAAAAGAGUGUGGCUACCCAUUUGGAACUUUCUAGAUUGACUUUCAAAUGCUAUUUUCUCUUUGAAGCAGAGUGUCAGUGUUGUACAGGUCUCUGUUUUUGCCAGACACCUUUUACUAUUAGGAGCUUUGCUAUUUUUGUGAAACACACUAAAUUCAAUCUGUGCUUUCACAGACACUUUGCUUUAAAAGGAUCAAAGAAGGUGUCUUCCAUUCAGAUAGGUGAUGAUGAUGUUGACUGUUUUAAAAGUGUAAACAGUUCUAGCAUCAUUUUGGUUAUCGUUUAAUCUGAUUGUUUUUUAUAAUAUUAUAUUUAUUGAUGAUAUAUUAUAAAUGUAUCAGAUGCCUGUGCUCACCACGUUCACCUCCAAGAGGCAGUCUGUGAACCACAGCAUGUGUGUGUGGAUAACACACGAACAGUCUGCUCAGUCCCAGGGGACCUUCCAGCCGGGACAGCCGCUGGGCUUCACCUGAGCCAGGGUGAAGCGAUGCUGAUGACAGGAGGAAGCAGCUCCUAGUGGGCCAACAAGCUAGGUGCAACCAUCACAAUAAAAACUGCUAAGGAGAGAGAAAAAGAGCAACAGUCUUCCGGGAUAUUGUUUUUCAUUUUAUUUUUAGAGGAAAUCAUGAAUUUGUCAGUUUCUGUUAUAUGAGUACUGUGAGAAGCUAAACAAUUAAAAGCAUUAUUUGUGAUAUG